GGACCAAGUGUCAGGUUUGAGCUCUGUGCCACACACAGACUUUCACGUGUGUUUGCUCUUGUAGGAGCUGUGGGAUGCGGAGCUGUAGCCCUGGGUCCCAGGUAAAAGCAAGCUCAGCCCCACUCCAGGCUGUGCCCAGCAGCAAGCUGCCAGGAGGAGAUAGGCGAGCAGGGCGCCUUGCAGACAGAGGAGAGCAGCUUGAGGAAGCAGCUGACACCAAAGAGCACACACAGCGGUGACAGACAUUAUUUGCAGAGGUGCCAAAUCAUUUCUGCAGGCGAUUUCAGCUCAGGCACAGGGUAGCGAAACCACGCUCCCUCAUAAUAACCUUUUGUGCUGAGGAGCGCCUGGAAUGGAUGACAAUUCAGCCAGGGCUGCUCUCUCUCUCCUUUCACAGGGCUGGUCUGUUGGCCUACACACACUAUUAGAAGAUGCUGCAUUGUUAGGUGUGAAGCAUCCUAUUCCGGCAGUGAAUGUAUUUUUAAAAAUGAAGGACUUGCAGUCUGUUCCUGUUUCUGGGCUGGUGCCUUUUUGAAUGACCUGAACCAAAAAAGCUUCAGACUCAUCUGCAGUGACUAGAGACAGCUCUGCUGCUUCAGAGAGAAGCAGUUUCUUUCUUAGUUUCUUUCUUGCUGCUAAAUUCUUGUGAAUUCAAACCAGGCACAAGUCAGUAUAACAAUAAGGCUUGUUUUAUUAUUUAACAAGCCUACCCAGGGUUAUAGUCAAAGUGAAAUCACCUGUUAGUUCAAAUACCGUGCUCCAGGAUUUCAGUGUCACUGUGUGUAUGAAGGCUGAGAGGUGCUGUGACAUUGGAGAUUUGGAUACUCCAAACCUUGGACCAUGUGGAUGGGCACAGAUUUAAUACUGCUGGGCAGCCUGGGUGCUGUAGGGCCAGACGCAGCCUGGCUGCAUGCAGGGACAUCAUCACCCCCAGGGAAACUCAGGGUGAUCAGAAGAGGUGUGACAUUCUUAUCUUAUGGCUCUUGGCCUUCUGCAUAAAAGAAAACAGGGGUAAAAAUGCAGCCAUUCUCACUUGAAAUUAAUCCAGCACAGAUAUGAGGUGAGAGAAGCUUCUUCUUUGGUCGGAGGAUCAGCUGGAGAGCGGUCUCCUGUCUUCUGCGUCCCACCCGCCCAUCCUUCAGAAGUUUCCUGUUACAGGAACCUGGAAUUCACUCUCAGCUAGCCAUGGCUCGUGGUUAAUAGUGCCGCUAAAUUCAGUGCCACCGGGAUCUUUGCUCUUGCUGGAGAAUCACCAUGGAGACCCUGAUGUGACUGUGUACCCAGCACACCUCUUGGCCCUGGCAUUAAUCCUUCUGCAAUGUACCACAAAGUCAGCUCUAGCUUGGAGGAGUGAUCAAAUAAAUAUGAAAACUGCUCCCAGAGGAGGUAAAUAUUCGCCAGACAAGCAGAAAGAAAAGCAAUAAUAUACCAUGUAAGCUACUGCCUUUUAUUAGCUCAGCUCCCUUUUCUCCCCUUGUAAAGUAUUGUUGCACUGUUAUAUUAAUCUUUACUCUGAAGCAAAUUAAAGCAGGGACAGUUGUCAGAGUAUUAUUAAGAACAUCUGUUUAAUUAGGGCUGCCUUUGCAUCAAUUUGAGAGAGAAGUGUAACACCCCUGUUCACCCACUCCUGCUGUCUCACUCCCCCUUCCUACCCUUCCCCGGCUACAUUGAGUGCCGGAGGAGGAACGUGCGGAGAAUACAGGAGCACCUGGGGCCUCCGUGACAUCUCGUUUCCUCCGCUCGUGAGAGGUGUCAGCUCCUCCGAUUAAUGCUGGGGAAGGAGGCAGGGCAGGUGGGGAGGUGUAGCUGUUGUGAGUUUUUUUUUAGUGGUCUCUGUCUUGAGAGCCUCUAUCCCUACUUUCUUUCCCCCAGAAAAUAAUUUGGAAUUCUGUAAAGUGUUCACGAAUAACUAUUAAUUAUCAUUAGCAAUUUGCCAUUCCAGGCCAGCCUUUCAUCUGGGGAUCUCAGAGCAGUUUUACAAAUGCUAAUUAAUUGAGACUACUUCAUGAAGUAGUCUGUUAAACUCAUUUUACAGGGGUAAAUCAAGGCUAAGAGAUACAAAGUGCCUUGCUUGAGUCUAUGGUGAUGCUGACAGUGGAACCCAGACUGCCGUGCUACAAACCAUGCUGCAACCACUCCAGAGGAAUCAGCAAUAUCUUGCAACACUGGAUCCACUUCAACACUUCACGGCCUUAUCCCAGAGACCGUCCCCAGUGGGUGAGCCACGAGGCUGGACAGCGGUUGUGCAAACUCCCCAGAGAGGAGGGAUGUGAGCAAGGUCGCCUGCCAAAUGUGUCCCUGAGGUUCCUGCUGGAGGCCCCAGCAGCGUCCCGUAGAAGUCGUCUCCUGCUCCUGGUCCCAGCAGCCGAGGCCCCUCCAAACCUGCUUCUGCAAUGGAUGAUGGUGGUGACUCCCGGCGUGAUCUCGCUGCAGGCUUGGACUCCAAGGAAUACUGCUUGUCGGACCGGGACAUUGUGGAGGUGCCGGCCCGUGCAGAAGGCAGAGCUGACGCGCCUGGCCAACACCCUGCUGCACGUCCCCAACCUGCACUGGAUCCUGGUGGAGGACUCGCAGCGGCGCACGCCGCUCAUCACCCGGCUGCUGCGGGACACGGGGCUGAACUACACCCACCUCAACGUGGAGACACCUCGCAACUACAAGCUGCGGGGGGACAUGAGGGAUCCCCGCAUCCCCCGCGGGACCAUGCAGAGGAACCUGGCCCUGAGAUGGCUGAGAGAGACCUUUAACAGGAAUAACAGCCAGCCUGGCAUCGUUUACUUCGCCGACGAUGAUAACACCUACAGCCUGGAGCUCUUCGAGGAGAUGCGCAGCACCAGGAAGGUGUCGGUGUGGCCAGUGGCCUUCGUCGGUGGCUUGCGCUACGAGUCGCCCAAAGUGAACGCUGCGGGGAAGGUCUACGGCUGGAAAACCGUGUUCGACCCGCACCGGCCCUUCGCUAUCGACAUGGCAGGCUUUGCUGUCAACCUCAGGCUGAUCCUCCAGCGAUCUCAGGCUUACUUCAAGCUGCGAGGAGUGAAGGGGGGCUACCAGGAGAGCAGCCUGCUCCGGGAGCUGGUCACCCUGAAUGACCUUGAGCCGAAAGCUGCCAAUUGCACUAAGAUUUUAGUCUGGCAUACGAGGACGGAAAAGCCUGUGCUGGUGAACGAGGGGAAGAAAGGAUUCACAGAUCCCAACGUGGAAAUCUGACUGCGCGUGGCUGGGCAGAGACCAACACCAGAAGAUUUCUUCAUGCACAGCCUCCAAGGUUCCUCUCCACAGCAUACAGCCAGCCAGACAUGCAGUAGCCAGGACCUCUGCUGACUUCCAAGAGUUUUAGUGUACUGAAAACAAGCAACACUGCAUACAUAAACUACCCGGAUUCCCCUGCCCUUCCUCCUGGACUCUGAGCAGAACCAGAUGCUCUGGAGGUGGAAGAAAAAGCACAGAAAAUACAGGACUGACAUCGACUUCUGUACAAGACCAGCUGCCUCGUGAGAUGCUCGGUUUGGGAGAAGCGCAUGCAGGGCAUGAUGCACUGAAGACGUGGCCCAGCUGGAAUGGUAGCCUGGACUGAGGGGGCUGCUUUCCAGGACCUGAAAGCAAGGGUGAGAACGCCCCCAGGAGCGUGUUGGCCCCUGAUGAUUGUUUUUGUUUUUUUUUUCCUGGAGACACACGUACCUGGUGGCUAUGUGUGCGACAGCCUAAGCAGCUCUCUGUUCGUGGAGGGGACAGCUGCCUUCUGAGAUGGCACCUUAGCCCUUAAUUUUAAACCUACUUUGAUCCGUGUUUAUUACGCUGCACAAGACAGGAAGGUUUUGGGGGAGGGGGAAAAGCAAGGCAGGUUAAACAAACCCAUAACUAUUUCUGUUUCUUUGUACCCCCUCUCCUUUCCCUUAAGCAGUUUUGUGGUUUGGGAGGGCGCUCUGACAUACCUCUGUGUUUCUGGAUGGAGUUAUGUUUACAGCACACGGUUCUCUGUUCAUCCAUGCUAAAAUAACUGGGGGAGGGUUUUAAGGAGAUCGUUGCGGCCCUACACCAUAACACUUAAUCUGGACUCAGAUCUUCGUUCUAUUUAGCUCUCAUUUGGUUCACAUGAACAGUAGGUGUGGGAUUCUCUGAAGGGGGCUCCAACAGAAAGCUGAAUUUCUACUCUUAAAAAAUAAAGUUAACUGCUUAAUACUAGGGAUUGAAUGAUAACCGCUGAUUUCAGUGCAUUUACCAUCCCGGUGCAAUGUAUCCUUCAGCCCUAGCUCCUUUUUCAGGGCCACGCCACACUACUGCAGAGCUACUGGCGUGAAAAGUCACGCUGGAGCAGCUGGAGUUAACUUUUGAUGCACCCUUGUAAAGGGGAUCCCAGGCUUAGUGCUCUGUUUCUUCAGCCCCUGGCUUGAGGUAGGUUGGAAAACUAUCUAAGGAGAACAGUAGUUGCCUCCUCCCUGCUCUGUAACAUGAAAGGAGCUGAGAUAGCACUGAUGAAAGGGUAUUUAUUCUCUGAUGAAACUGUGUUUUGCUCCUCAGUGAGAGAGACAUGACUGAGCAAUGCAGAAGAGGAACCUGGGUGGUACUGCCUCGGUUUACUCUAUUUUAGAGUACCAAACUUGCUGAGAAAGAAACAAAGGUACAACUUAACCCUUCUCCCCACCUCCAGCCCUUAAAAAAAAACAAACACCAGAACACCCUUAUUCCCUCCAUAGUUGUUGUCAAACGUGAUCAAUCCCCAGUGUCCCCAUUCUUUCAAAAGGGGCUGAAGCACAAUUUUACUUUUGAGUUGAGGGAAGACAUAAUCCUGAAAAGAAACUUGGUUAUUUUUAGCCCUAACACACAGAAUCAUCAAAGCAUUAUAGAUUUGUUAGCUUCACAUUGCGGGAGCCUCCCGUUGAACUAAUGACUGUGUAUUUCCUAAUUUAUUUAUUAUUUUUUUUCAAUUUAUUUUCUCCCACUCUUUCAAACCCACUGGGGAAGAGUUGCAUUCCUGAGUUCCCAGUCACAGAAGCCUUGCUACGCAGCCUUCACAAAAAUGUUCCUUCAGAUGCACUGGCUGAAGUGCUACUUGGAUAGAAAGCAUCUGAUCCUUCUGGCCACUAGCUGCUGUAUGGGACCAUGCUUGUUACCUUGCAUUAAACAAUAGCUCUUUGCAUUCUGGCAGGUUUAUUCUGCUCUUGUACUAGCAUCCCAAGCUCAGUUCAGUCUGUAUACGCUAGAGUGGAAGGGGAAAGGUUUAAAGGCAGACAAAGCUCUCGUGCUAUUCAAGCUUCCAAGUGAUGUCCCCUCCUGGCUGCAUGUUUUGUUCACUAAUGUUAGUUCCAGCCCCUGCUGAGUUGCAACCUUCCCUUCUGGGAAGGAAAUAACUUCCAGAGAAACACAAAAGGAUCAGGUUCUGAACACAACCCUGCUUUUGUGCUCCACUCUCCUCAAAGUUGGUCACACGGCUCUGGGCUUGCACGGAGGCUACCAUGGUUCUUGGCAGCAGAGAUACAUGUUCAGUAAGACCAGCUCUGGUCAGGAUGGAGUGUUAGAGCUGCAGUCUGUUCUCAGUUUUAAAUGAACUGUAUUUAAAUUUGUUAAAUAAAAUUAAGUAUGGUUUAUAAG